UACCUGUCCAAUUUUUCAGUUUGCAUUUGCAAUUUCAGUUGAAGUGUGUUGGUCCUCGUUAAGUGACUUUGACAAUUGAUCACGAUUCGGUUUUGUUCUUUCCUUUUUUAUCACCUGUCUCGUCAAAAUGUUUCCAUGUAGCUCGCAAAAGAAAUACUGGAUAUUUAGCGAUGAGAACGAUUUGACUGUAUUGAGAGAAAAAACCAAUGCUGAUUUUAUUGCAAAACAUGGUGUCAACAUGACUCCAGAGGAAAGGGAGGAAUAUUUUCUCUCACAUGCAGAGGAGCGAACAUUACUCCGUUUCUACGAGUUGCAAUUGAGGGACUUCUGUCGUCGCUUCAAUCCACCAAUGCCUCGUGCUACUGUGGCCACUGCUUUGCAUUACUUCAAAAGAUUUUACCUUAGAAACAGUGUGAUGGACUAUCAUCCAAAAGAGAUUUUGGUCACCUGUGUAUACCUAGCGUGCAAGGUUGAAGAAUUCAAUGUGUCUAUAUCUCAGUUUGUAGCAAAUAUUAAGGGAGAUAGAGAAAAGGCAUCCGACAUAAUUCUUAAUAAUGAAUUACUUCUCAUGCAACAGCUAAAUUAUAAUCUGACUGUUCAUAAUCCAUUUAGGCCUGUGGAAGGAUUGAUGAUUGAUAUAAAGACAAGGUAUGCAUCUUUGGAGAAUCCUGAAAAAUUACGACCACACAUAGAUGAGUUCUUAGAAAGGGUUUUCUUGACAGACAGCGUUCUUCUUUAUGCUCCAAGCCAAGUUGCAUUGGCCGCAACCUUGCAUGCAGCAUCCAGAGCCUCUGCAAACUUAGAUAAUUAUGUUACUGAUAUACUCUUCUCGAGAGAACAAUUGAAUGGGAUUAUAGAAGCUGUGCGAAAAAUACGUUCAAUGGCUAAAUGUGUGGAACCACCCUCACGAGAAAUAGUAAAGGCCUUAGAGAAGAAACUAGAUAAAUGCAGAAAUCAGGAAAAUAAUCCUGAUAGUGAAAUAUACAAACAAAGAAUGCAGGAAAUGUUGGAUGAAGAAGAUUUACAGGAUAAUGAAAAAUAUGCAAAAAUUAUUCAAGAUCAGGCAGCUCACGACGACAAAGUUUUGGGAGUUAGAAGAAUUUUAUCUCCUGCUCAGUGAUAUUAAAUAUAAAUUAAUAAUAAAAACAUUAUGUAUGGUAACAAUUUUGCAUAUAAUUGCACACAUUCUAGAAAAACUUUGGAACUCUAUUUUUUUCACUUUCAUGAUUACAUAGGAUUUUACAGCGA